AUGCCAGACGCCCGCCCCAAGAACCCAAGCGGCACGAGCGCCGCAGUGCAACUCCGCGUCCAGAUACCGGAGAGGACCAACGGCGCACCAGCGCACCCUAACGGAGCACUAUCGCCAAAUUCCAAUGGACCGCUCUCGCCGCCCAUUCUGGAUGCGACACCGAAGAAGCCGCCGAAAGCGCCGCCCAGCCGGCCCAUACUGCCGAUGAAGAAGUCGAAGACGCUGCCGAUAAAUUUCGACGAGAAAGUGCCGCCGAAGUUGCCGGCGAGCGUCAUCAGCGGCAAGAAGCUUCUGAUCACGAAGCCGCUGAAAGAGGUGCACACGAUCCAGCAGAGCGCACCGGAAAAUGGGAAACUGUUGGUCACCCGUUCGCCGAGUCCUACAUGUAAGAGGAGCAUGUCGCUCUCCGUGGAGACGGGUUCCAUCGCCGAGCUCGCUAAAAGGCACGGUUCUAAUGGCAGCGUUCUUAUCUCACGCUCGCCGAGCCCAUCGUCUUACAGCAGUAUCAGGAGUUCGACCAGUCAAUAUUCUACUUGCAGCAGCAACGGCACUUUCGUACCACUGUCCAGAUCGUCCAGUAUGAAUUCUACGUUGUACGACAGAACACCAACACCGCGCCGAAUGUAUCCACAAUCUUCCGACGCUACAAGCGGCGUGAAUUUGAAUGAACUAAGAUCCAAAGAACAGUCCCCAGUAGUGUUUGACGCUAACUUGUCUUUCGUCCUCGGUUGCAACAAACAACCGAUACGGCAGAAGUUUAAGCCGGUCGCGGCCCAUUUGGAAGAAGGAACGUCUUCGAACUAUCUAAGCACGAAAAUCGACAACUUUCUCAGGAGGACUGACCACGUUAUGGACGAAUGGCGCCGGCUGGGUCACAAGGAUGAGCCUGACCUGGAGAUGUAUUGCAACGGUCAAAAGAGGAAGAUCGGCAGAUCUAAAUCGGCUACCAAUAUAAUGAUCAAGGGCUUCACGUUGUUCAGCCGAAACGGCAGCAGAGCAAGCAGUGUCUGCAGGUCCAAUCGUGGCAUUUCGGAGGACAGGACCACCGUCUCUGAAAUGGAUGAGCUAUCGGAGGUGGGCGGAGAGCUAGCGGAGGAACGCGCGGCGGCUGCUCUUGCCACGGAGAGGGCGGAUGCUGAGGCAGCCGAGAGGCUGCGCGUCGAGAGGGACAACAGGGACUUGGUGGCGAACAACCAACGACUGCAGCAGGCGUCCGAACGUCUGGAGCUGGAGCUGCUACAUUGGCGAUCGGCCGAGAACGGCGUGGAGCCAUCGGACUCUGAGGGCUCGGAGGCCGAGAGUGGGGUCGGCAGCGACAAGUACAAGCGGCGGUACGAGCAGGCGCAUAGAGAGCUGCAGCUACUGCGCGCCCAGCUGCGGCGGCAGCACGAGGAUGACUUGGAACAGCUGGUCACGGUCAAGAAGCAGCUCGAGAAGAAGGUCCAAGAUGCCUACGAGGAAGUCGAGGAGCAGCGAGCCGUCGCCGCCAGCUGGAAGCGAAAGCUGCAGAAGCUCACGAACGACAUGGCCGAUCUUAGGUCUCUUCUGGACGAACAGACGUGCCGCAACAACCUGCUCGAGAAGCGGCAGCGCAAGUUCGACGCCGAGCUGCAGUCGGCCCAGGAGGAGUUGAAGCGCGAACGAGCCACUCGCGAGCGAAACGCCCGCGAGCGCGAUCAGGCGCUCGCGGACAAGUACGCGCUCGAGCAGAGCCUCUCUGAAGCCCGGCUCGAGGUCGAGCUGAAGGAGGAGCGGCUGGCGGCCGCGGCGCGCGAGUUGGAGGAGCGUGGUGGUGGUGGCGAUGAACUCGCCGCGCUGAGACGCGCACGCGCUGACCUUGAGCGCCGCGCACGAGACCAGGAGGAGGAGCUCGACGAUCUCGCCGGCCAGAUACAGCUUCUGGAGAGCUCGAAGCUGAGAUUGGAGAUGCUCCUGGAACAACAGCGCAAAGAAGCCAGGCUCGAGGCGGCCGCUCGGGACGACGAAAUGGAGGAAACUAGAGCCAACGCCGCGAAGAAACUUAAAAUCCUUGAGAGUCAGCUGGAAAGCGAACACGCGGAACGCAGCCUCCUCUUGCGCGAAAGACACGAACUGGAGCGGAGGCUGGCCGCGCUCGAAGAGGCCGCGCGUGCAGACACGCAGGAGCAGGCGCAGCUGGUUCAGAGGCUCAAGAGAGAUUUGAAGAGAUACCGAGCUCUCCUACGCGACGCCCAGACAAUGCUCGAGCAAAAGGAGAAGGAGGGAGGUGCCAAGGCUCAGAUCAGACAGCUGAAGAACCAGGUGGAGGACCUAGAGCUGGCCGUGCGCGCGGCGAGUAAAGCUCGAGCCACCGCCGAGGCGGAGGCGGCAGAGGCGGCCGCCGCCCUCGAAGAGGCGACACGUGCGCGCACAGAGGCCGCCGAGAGGGCGCUCGCCGCCUCGCGGGACGCAGCCACGGCGCGCGCUGCGCUGGACGACGCCGAAGAAGAGGCCGCGGAGCUGCUGAAGAAGUACCGCAGCAGCACGAGCGCGCUGUGCGCGGCGCAGGCGGAGGCGCGCGAGGCGGUGGCGCGCGCGGACGCGGCCGCCGAGGAGGCGCGCCUCGCGAGGGAGCGGCUCGCCGAGCUGGCGCAGCGGCUCGCGCACGCCGAGGCGGGCCACUCGCACACGCACAGCGAGGCGGAGCGCCGGCUCGAGAUGCGCAACAAGGAGCUGGAGUCGAGCCUGGAGCUGGAGGCGACGUCGCGCGCCCGCCUCGAGGGCCAGCUGGCGCGGCUGCGCGACGCGCACGACGCGCUCGCCAACGAGCUGGCGGCGGCGAGGGCGCGCGACGCGCACGCCGCCGACGACCUGCGCAAACUGCAGCGCUCGAUCAGGGAGCUGAAAGAGGAGAACGCAACGCUGACCACCAAGCUGAGCGAGGCGGGCAGGGCGCGGACGGCGGCGGAGGCGGCCGCCAGCGCGGCGGCCAGCGAGGCGGCCGCGGCGCGGGACGAGGCGAGGCUCGCCGCCCGCCGCGCCCAGGCGCUGCAGGAGGCCAUCGCCGGCGACCUCUCCAGCAACAACGAGCGCGACUCCGACAGCGACAACGAUAGUUACAGUUCAGAUGAAUCAAUAGGCACAUUUCUGGCCAACCACAAGCUGAGUCCAUCUGCGCCAUCCAGAAACAGUGUACAAUUUGAUUCCCAAAAAUCCCACAGCCCCGAGGGCCGCCGGAGUGGCAGCAGCGCGGGCUCCGCCUCGAAGCCGGCCAGCCCCAGCAAGGAGUCGUUCGCA